AUGGGUAUGGAAUUUGUCUUUAUAAAUGUCAAGGAGCCGAAGGAUGCUCUUCAGCUCGCGAAGGAGCCCGAAAUCCGAUCUCAUGUGGCUCGGUACCAGUGGAAGCAAGUCGAGAAUCGCCCAUCUCUCAAGCGAAAGAGAAAUACGGUGGUAUCGGUCUGCAUGAGCAUAGACUGUUGCUCAACCUGGCAAUCACGAAGCGAUUCCAAGGCCGACUCUCCCGACAGUACGUCCUCCACCGUCUCCAUUCCUCUGCAGUUGGGAGGCCUGCGAGACGACCCUUUUCGGUCCUAUCCAGUCGGUUUCAAGUCAUUCAUGCCGGUGUUCGUGGAUCACUACCUGGUGCAUAUGGCUGUGGACAUCCCCGAGCUCGAUCAACCCGGGAACAAGGGCCUUCUGAGAACCAGCUGGUUCCCUUUGGUGAUGACCGAGCCCUCCCUGUUCCUAGUCAUCAUGCUGCUCGCAGCAUCCCAUUAUGCCUCUGUGAGCGAGUAUGCCGCAGACAUGAAAGUGGACCUCCUCACUCUUCGUUGUGAAGCCAUCCAAGCGAUCAACGAUGCCUUGAAGUAUCAACCACCGGACCGGGUCAGUGACGCACUGGUAGGCGCGAUUGCGAAGAUGGGAAGUUAUGAAGCGAUGUACGGGAACAUGGCGAGUUAUAGCGUGCACAUGAGAGGACUGACCCGGGCGGUUGGGUUACGUGGCGGUCUAUCGGCUCUCGGUCUGAACGGAUUACUCCGACGGAUGGUAGUCUGGAUCGACCGUAAUGCUGCCUUCCUGCACGGAUCGGCGCUCUAUUACCCUGGCGCUACCUUUGCGCCGGGUCAAGCGCUCCCGGAGCCCAAUCCUGGUCAUUUCCUUGCAUCUUCUUGCCUCAUCACCGGCGGCGUCAAGAACCUCGGUGCCGCCGCGGCCCGCGAGCUGGCCAGCUCCGGCGCAAACCUCGCCCUCCACUACCACUCCGACAGCAGCAAGAACGAUGCCACAGCACUGGAGGCCGAGCUGAAGAAGUCCUACCCCAGCAUCAAGGUUGCGUUCUAUCAGGGCAACCUGACCUCCGCCGGAGCCGUGACGAAGCUCUUCCAGGAUGCGCUGAAGGACUUCGGCAAGAUUGAUAUCGUCGUCAACACGGUGGGCAAGGUGCUGAAGAAGCCUAUUACUGAGAUUACGGAGGAGGAGUAUGAUACUAUGUUUGCGAUCAACUCCAAGACGGCAUUCUUCGUUCUCAAAGAAGCCGCCGCGCACGUCACGGACGGAGGCAAGAUCAUCACUAUCGUCACUGCCCUCCUCGGUGCUUUCACGGGAUACUAUACUUCCUACGCUGGUAGCAAGGCUCCUGUCGAGCAUUUCACUCGAGGCGUCUGCAAGGAACUCCAAUCCCGCCGGAUCAGUGUCAACAACAUUGCCCCGGGACCAAUGGACACCCCUUUCUUCUACCCCCAGGAAUCCCCCGAGGCUGUCGCGUUCCACAAGUCCAAUGGUAUGGGCAACCGUCUGACGAUGGUCGAGGAUAUCGCUCCAAUUGUUCGGUUCCUCUGCACGGAGGGCGCCUGGAUCACUGGCCAGACCAUCUUCGCCAACGGUGGAUAUACUACUCGCUAA